AUGGCUGGCCCGCUCUUCGACGAGGGCGCGGACCUCGGCGCCUUCGGCCAGCCCGCGGGCUUCAUGACGACCACGGGGAAGCGGGCACAACAGGCGCCGCCUGGCCCACGGCCCGCGGCGCGCACCCUGGGCUGCCGUCCAGGGGGCGCGGCCCCCUGGGAGGCUGCCGCCCGCCGUGCGGGCGGCCCUGUGAGCCGCCAUUGGCGAGCCGUGCACGCCGUAUGGCGGCAGCGGCCGAUGGCACCUUCGUUCGGCCACCAGUCGCUGAAGUGUGGCCGCCCCGAGACCUUCCCUGGGCGUUUCAGUCGCCUGGGCUCGUCCCCCGGGCCCUGGGCUUUGUCGGCGCCCCCUCCUCCUCCUCUUCCUCCUUCUCCUCCUCCGCCUCCUCCUUCAUUCACAAUGACUCUGCGGCUUUAG